AUGCCUCCAAGAAAGAAGCAGCGAACCUCGGCUCAACGAUCACAGGCCGUAGCCGCCGGUGAGGCUACAACCCGAGCAGCUAGUGACAUCAAGGAUGUGAAUGAUUUCCAGCUGAAGCUGGAUGCAUGGAUCGAUGCUACACAUGGUUUGCGCCAUCAUGUUGAGAAGCAGCUUCCGUGUGAACCGACGGAACCUUUGGGCUUCGGACCCCAGCCCGGGCAAUUUGCCUGGCCUUUGUGUGAGGGCGGGACUCUCAAAGAUAUUGCUCAAAGAGCAUGGUCCGACCCGGAUCACCUUUUGGCUUUGAGUGCACGAAUGACACAUGCGGCAGGUUUGUUGGACACGGAUAGUGUUGAGGACUUCAAGACCCACUUCUGUACGAUUCCAGGGGAGCAGAUGGUGCUGCGAAUGCCGAGCAGCACCGAUGCUACAGUGGAUUCCAGCAACAGAGCUGUGGGCACACUGCUUUAUGGGGAUGGGUCACAGAAGAUGCUCGCAGCCUUCACCGCCUGGAUCGGCUUGUUGUCGCUUUGGGAAUCUGAGCCGAAUGUCUUUGACAAUGAUCAGGUUCAAGGUUUGAUAGCAUCAUUCUUGAGCAUUCCUACAUGCACGAAGUCAUCUGUGGAAAGCAAUGACAGCCUGACGGCUACGAUUGGCCGCAUUGUGAAGCAAAACAUCGAUUCAAAGGUCCUUCCUGUUUCUUCGUUCCAGUGGAACUCCAUUUUGCGAAGUCUCAAAGUGGAGGUCAAGCUGGAUGUGGCUUUGAGGGUUUACAACUCCCACCCAGACGUCGUGGCACAUGAUGAAAGCGGCAGCGGCUGCGUGACUUUGGACAAUCGGAAGAAGCAGGGCGUCCAGAAUUGGUUCGAGCGAACGUGCGAUGAAGCAUUGGCUGUGGUACUUCAGUCAACACAUGACCUGGCAUUUUCUUAUGGAUGCUUCGGGGAAAGCUUCUCGCUGUGCAACUUCGCCUUUCUCGGGAGUGCAGCGAACCUUAUGGCUUCAGAGACAGCAGACUUGACCAUGCGCCCCCUCGACAAGGAGCCUUUGUGUCUGUUGUUACUUGGCUCCAAGGACUGGCGCUUGCCAAUGACGGCGAGUGCCCAGGUCCUUCUCUUCAAACGAGUGCAGGAGCAGUUCAACCGGACGACCACCGGCAUCCCUGUGAACCAGAGGAAGAAGUACAGGCUGACCUCUGAGGAUCUCGUCAAGCUCAGAAAUUGUUGCGUGUUGUUCGAGCAGUGCUUCCACUUCCUCGAAGCACAGGUGGGCAGCGAGGCAGUGUCGUGGAGAGAGUCGUUCAUCAACGGCCACGACGAGGAUUGGAGGGUGCUGCUGGAUGUUCGACCAUCGACUGUGGCCUUGAGUAUGCUGCAGUCUGUGCAAGAGAAGGCCCGAGAGACACUGCUGCAGAAGGAGAACAUCGCAAUGAAAGAUGUGGAGGACCAAAGGCAGCAAGUGUUGGAGGCUGAGUGGAAGCUCUUCUGCUCCGGCUUGAAAAAAGACCAGGAGACCGUGAAGCUUGCAUCUGAUGCUCCUCGCCAAGUCAAGAUGCUGCAGCAUGCUCGCGAGGUGGAGCAGAGGAAAAGCCAAGCUGCAGAUGGUCUCAAGGCAGCUUCCGGGUACCAGGAAGCAUACCUUCGAGUCGUGAAGCUGGCCAAGAUGGAACUUGCAACAGCGGAAGUGUCCAAGAUGAAGAGCACUGAGCUGGCAUGCUCCCGAGAGAGUAUUUCCAUCCUUGGGUUCGCAGACAUGAACGUGCCAAAGUGCAGGCAGAAGGAGGUUUGCCAGAGCAUUUGCAAUGGGAUCGCUGCCAUCAAUGCAGAUGGCCCAGCCGAGCAAAAUGCGACCCUGUUGUUGCUGCCAGACCUUCCCCGCGACUCGAGUCCCAGAGGGUUGUGGGACGAAGAAAAAAGGGUGUUCGAAGCCUUGUUUUCCUUGCAGCAACACGUGGAGACAAGAUUCGUUGAAUGCUUCACACGUGAGAAAAAGGGCGAGGUGAAAUCCAAUGCGAGGCGUUUCUCUAUGGGGAGAGUUGUGUGCAACAGUGCUUCCAUGGACGAUUGCAUUUGGAUGAGUGGAGAGCUCGCAAUGUAUGGACGACCCGUGGGAGCUGCUGAGGUAGAAACCGGAGCACCGACGAGUGUGCUCCCGAAGCAGAGCGAGCUCUUGCUGCCUGAGUCCGCGAGUACCAGCCAGGACUUGAGAUUGUCGGAGAAACCGAAACCAUCUCCGGAACAGACCUCAGCACAGAAAGGAAUCGCGCGAGCAAAGGCACUCCUUGAGGCAGCCCUCAGGGGCGUGAGCCCACCGGGCCCAGUCUUGGUGAUCAACCUCACCGGGUACGUCGAAGAAGUGGGGGCAGCUGAGUUGGACCGAAUCCCGGGAUCCGCCAUUCUGAAAUCUCCUGAUGCCUUGAGGCUGGAAGUCACGGUUAGAGAUGGCACCAUCAUAGACAUCCAUCCUGAUCAUAAGAAGAAAUGGUCUCAGACGGCAUAUGCUGGCGAGUUUGAAAGACUGGCCAAGCAGCAUGCUGAGGGUGUGAAAGAUCUGCUGAAGCCUUGCUUGGAGCGAACAGCUGCUCAAGAGCCAGCUCAAGCAUCGACGGCCAACGACACUGAGGACACAGGCGGUGCUGCAGCCAGCGCAGCCGGCGAGAACCUAGCUCUCAAAGCCUAUGAGUCUUUUGAGGCCCUCAAUGGCGAGGACGAGAUCAAGGACCGCGUGAACUCCGAAGUCACCGGGGUUGAGAUCUUGAAGAGCAAGGACAAGCUGUACCUCAUGAGUGAGAAGGCCCGCGUGCUUGGCAAGCACACGAUUCUGGGUGGCUUUGGCACCGGCAAGCUUUUUGAGCUCAAAAGAAAGUUUGUGCCAUGCACGGAGCAGUGCGACGGAGUGGAUGUGAAAUGGGCCAAUGGAGACAAAACCCUGGUGCAGGCAGAGAUGGCAAGCAUCUCCCCCCAGAGUGGCGCCAAUGUUUGCGAAGUCAUGACACUUUACAGGUAUCUCACCCUGCUUGAACGAUCUAAGAAGAUCAGCAAGUAUGAGUUGUCGUACUCCAAGUGCACGCGAUCCGCCGCUUCGGGAAGCUCCGGUCCUUCAGAUGCCUUCAAUAUCGAAAUCUCCGAGCCCCACAAGUUUCGAGUGCUCCCGAACUUAGAGCAGAAGAUGACGUGCAAGUCUUUCUUCCACAACAUGAUCAAGCAGGUGGAGGAAUCCGAUGCGAUUUGCCCCAUCUUUCGUUGGAGGUUCGAGCGGAUCCAUGGAGUCAGCAAGAUCCAAAAACCUUACGUUGCACUGACCGGAGCAUUGAAGCUGGAGCCAGGCAAACCUGUGGCUCUGUGA